AAGACUACAGCCAUGAGCUUAUUGCGUAUGAAGCGACUGGGCGAGAAGAUUUGCAUGGUGACAUGUUAUGACUACCCGAGUGGUGUGCACGUCGAUGGGGCUAACAUCGACGUCGCGCUUUGCGGCGACUCUUUGGGUAUGGUUGCGCUCGGAUAUGAAACGACUCAGCCGGUCACCCUCGAUGAAAUGAUCCACCACUGCAAGGCUGUACGGCGUGGUCUCUCGAAUGAUGGUCCGCUUCUUGUAUGUGACCUACCAUUCGGUAGCUACGAGGAGUCGCCAGAGAUUGCACUCCGUUCUGCGUACCGCGCGAUGAAGGAAGGGUGUGCAGACUGCGUCAAAGUAGAAGGCGGUGCGCAUAUGGCGCGGACCGUUGCCAAGCUUGUAGAGAGUGGUGUCGCGGUCAUGGGCCACGUCGGACUUAUGCCACAAGCUAUUAGCACGCUCGGUGGCUUCCGUGCCCAGGGGCGUACCGCGAUCAAGGCACGACGGGUGCUGGACGAUGCACUAGCACUUCAAGAUGCUGGCGCAUUCGCAGUCGUUGUUGAGUGCGUCCCUGCGAUCGUCGGUGCUGCAAUCGCCGACGCGCUUGACGUGCCGACGAUUGGCAUUGGCGCGGGUCCAGGAACCGAUGGCCAGGUUUUGGUCUAUCAUGACCUCCUUGGCUCACUCCACCAUCCGCACCAUGCUGUGCAUGUUCCCAAAUUCUGUAAAGUAUUUGCGGAUGUCGGUCACAUGACGUAUGAAGGGCUUGCUGACUUUCGCGACCAGGUCAAGGCCAGGGAUUUUCCCAGUCGAGCAUUUCGCCCA